AAAUUUUUAAAUGAUUUUUCUAAUAAUAAAAUAUAAUUUAAAAAUUAUAGUUAUGCUAAAAAAUGAAAAGAAAAAUAAAACAGAACCUAAAAUUGUAAAAUAAAAUAAACAAAAAAAAAGAGAAAAAAAUUAAAAUAAUUAACUAGAAAAACAAUAGAAACUCAGAAAAAUAAAUAACAAAAGGCAACUCAAAAGCAAAAUAUAAAAGGGGUUUAGAAUUUUAAAACAAAGGUAAAAAUAAAAAAGAAAAAAGAAAAAACAAACUAACGAAAGAAAAAACUAAAAACUGAAACAAAAUAAAUAAAGAGCCUGCACAAAAAGAAAGCAGCAAAAAAAGAAAGAAAAAAUUAAAACAAUAACAUACCAAAAUUAUAAAAAAUUAGCAUGGGACUCAUUUAUGACACAAGAAACCGGGUAGCAACAUUGCUACCUCAAUUUUUUGCUACCCCAUUUUUUAACCCCUCCACUAUGGAACUAUCCUCCAACUACCUCCUAACUUCCUACUUUCUAGCACAGUGGAUGGCCUGACCGGUUGAUGCAGGAAUUUGUUGUGGGCAGAAUCAUGCGUACACGUGGACGUGGUAGUUAGCAGAUGGAGUAUAUUAUCAUACGAGUGUUGCGAAGGCUCCUCCUCUCCACCUAACUCGUGCUCCCUAAAAUGGUGGCCCUUGCUGCAACUAUCUUGACUUUAAUCGCCGUACUCUCCUCGUCGGCUAGCAGCGAAUCGGCGGCCGGAUGCUUCGAAUCCAUCAUCAGUUUCGGCGAUUCGCUCGCCGACACCGGCAACUAUCCUCUGCUCUACGGCGCCGACACCCCAAUGCACUUUGUUCACCCGCCUUACGGCCGGACUUUCUUCCACCGUCCCACCGGAAGAUGCUCCGACGGCCGUCUCGUCAUUGACUUCAUCGCUCAAAGUUUGAGGCUGCCGUUGGUGCAGCCGUACAUUGCGGGAGGAGAAGGCGGCCGGAGCUUCAGCAAAGGGGUUAAUUUUGCGGUUAUUGGAGCUACAGCUCUUGAUUUCCAAUUUUACGAGAAGAUUGGAUUCCCCAAUGCUUAUACCAAUGUAUCUCUUGGAACUCAACUGGAUUGGUUCAAACAAUUUUUGGCCACAAUUCCAGAUGGGAGAAAGUUUCUCCAAAAGUCAUUGGUUUUGAUGGGAGAGAUAGGAGGAAAUGAUUACAAUCAUCCAAUAAUACAAGGCUCAACUUUGGAGGCCAUCCAACCCCUCGUUUCGCUAGUGAUUGGCUACAUUGGCUCCACAAUUGAAGAAUUGAUCAAGCUUGGUGCUGAGACGUUGCUGGUCCCGGGGAAUCUACCAAUAGGCUGCCUUCCAAUAUAUCUGACAGAAUUCAAGGCAAGCAGCAGUGCCCAAGACUACGACCCCAAAACAGGAUGCCUCAAUUGGCUCAACGACUUCGCCAUCUACCACAACCAGCUGCUCCAGAACGAAUUAAACCGCAUUCGACAGCUUUAUUCUCACACGCUCCUCAUCUACGCAGAUUAUUACAACGCUGCAUUGCGCUUCUAUCUCUCACCAUCUCAAUUCGGAUUUUCGGAGGAAUUAAUUCUGAGCGCUUGCUGUGGAUCGGGAGGGCCGUACAACUACAACGAUACGGCGCUGUGCGGCAUUCCUCCGGCGAGUUCCUGUGACGAUCCGGCUUCAUAUGCAGGUUGGGAUGGCAUACACUUUACAGAAGCAGCUUACAGACUCAUAGCGCAAGGUUUGCUUCAUGGACCCUACACCAUUCCUCAUAUCACCACUGCUUGUCCUUCCCUAAACACGGAUGCUCUACUUUAUGAGUAUUCCUAAUGAAUUUAAAUGAGGCCUUUAUUAAUUUGUAAGAGAUCAUUGCAAUUUAAAUUCCAAAAUUUGGACUUUCAUUGCCAGUUGUACUCAUUCUAUAACGCAUCUUAGUAAUUGUAUGGUGAAGUGAAGGACACCAAUUUUAAUAAAUACUCCAUCCGUCUCAUCUAUUUUGAGACACUUUCUUU